AUGACCAGAAAAGAUCUUGCCACUCGUAACAGCUCUGCGACCAGCUCGGCCCCCGAUGGAGGGAGAACAAGAGAUAUCCUAAAUCUCUCAGCCUCGUGGACCAUUUGCCCAAUACAACAGGGCAAACGUGUGUGUGUCAAUACAAGUCAAAAUAAACUGCUCGCGACCAAAACCCAGGUCUACUGUAAAGAGCACCAACCUGUCUUUUCACCGACUCCUUUCAAUGCAUACCUCCGAGAGCGAGAACAUAGUUCGUCCAUUUUGGGCAACUGCAGUCGAAACUUUGCAGCCUUGGAGACUGGCAAGAAAGAGUGUCUUCCGCCGAGUCAACACAACAUAUCAACGCCUACAGCAGCAUCAUUACAUCACUUCGAAGCGACCUGGAUGGCAUCAACCCGUGGUCCGCUAACGCUGCCUGGUAGCGCAAGCUUCGGUACAAGUUUUUUCAGCGACGCGAACGAUCAAAAACCCGAAAAUUCACCACUGUCACCGGGGCCUAGAUUAUCUACAGGACUAUCAGCAACCUCAGCUGUGGGCGAUCUAACUGGAGAGACUUACUUUGGAGAGGAAAGAAGACCAUCUAUUGCAAGUGUUCAUACAGCUAGUAGCCAAAGUUCUAUAUCAAGUGUUGGUCGACCAGGGAUUCAUAAAAAACUGCAAACUUUUUUCGGCGAUGAUUUUCCCGGAAGAAAUAGAGCAGACUCUAGCCUUCCCUCGCACAGAAACGAAGGACGGUCACAGUCUUUCGUGCGUAAGCAACGCGAUCGUGCGACCUCCUCUGGCGCAGAAACUACUCGAAAACGUGAAGCAUCGCCUGCAGAUUCGCGGCCCAGGACACCUGAUAUAUCAAAAUACGGCGAAGCUCCAGUUCGAGAUAAACUUUCUGGCCUAGAUAGAGAUCGUUACGCUGGAGAUAGUGUGAUUACAUCCAAGCUAUCCUCAUCUUUCACUGGACAGUCGCAUGUAGUAUCAUCGGGCCGAUUUACUAAAGGCCCAGAAGAUCUAAGGCCAUCUCAUCCGAGCCUGGUCCGAGAAGAAUUCGGCAGUGCGUCCAGGUCCCGAGAUCGUGCUCCAAAAGCUAUGGGAACAGCGCUGGGGAGUAGCUCCAACUCAGGCCAGGCAAAAAGAUCUGUCAGCCCAACCAUAAUCGCUGCUGUAAUUAAAAAUUCUACUAAAAACAACAUCAAUAAUAAUAGCAACAGUAAUCUGGGCAGUCAUGACGGCUCCACUUCACCGACCCUUCCUUCCAAAAGGGGUAUAUUGGGUAGGUUCCUUAAGCACAAAGAAAAAGAUAGUGUUCCUUUACGCCUUAAAGAAGUCCCAAGCACAUCCCGAUCAUUCAGCUCGCCUGGGUCGAGAAAUGAUAACACAAGGGGACCAACAUCACCUGAAACUGCCAUAAGCUCAUGGAGUCGAGAAGGGAGUAUUACAGGGCUUGAUCCUAGUUCAUCAAAGGCCGAAACUGGCCGCCCUAACAAUGGAUCAUAUCGUCAAGGUGCUUUUAGUAAAUUACAGCUGCGCAAGGGGAAGUUAAAGAUAACUGAUGAACAAGAUUCGCUUCCGGAAAGCACGGAAAACAAUGAUACACUAUCAGGGCUCAUGUUUAGUCUGGAUACAAACCUUAACAAUAUGGAAGGUAUCUUAGCUAAACCACCUCCACUAACACCGCUAGAUAAUAGUCUUUUUAAUAGCCUGGAAGAUGAAGCUAAGGACGAGGCUGAAAAUAUCGGUAGUCUAGGAUGGAAUGCACCUGACAGCUGGGCUGUGAAAAAAAGUAACGAUGAUACUAUGUCUAGAUUAUCAGACAUCAAUGAGGCAUACGUCCCUCCAAUGGAAGAUGAAAAGUCUAACCCAUACUGUAUCCGCAUUUUUAGACUAGAUGGAACUUUUGCUACUCUAUCCACACCGUUGAACGCGACGGUAGCCGAACUUAUGGGCCAGUUGGGAAGGAAAACGUAUAUGACGGAUUCGUUGGCCAACUAUCAAAUAGUCAUGAAAAAGCAUGACCUUCAACGUAUACUUGGCCCGGGUGAGAGACCAGUCGUCAUUCAGAAGCGCCUAUUAGAGCAAGCAGGAUACGAGGAACGUGAUCGUAUUGAAGAUGUCGGCAGAGAGGAUAAUAGUUAUCUAUGUCGGUUCUCUUUCAUUCCAGCUCGAGAAAGUGGUUACGCAUCUUUUGCUACUGACCCAUUAGCGGGUCGGGUGCAAAAAUACAGUCACAUAGAUCUUUCAAGGCGGAAUCUUGUCACUAUACCUAUUGCGCUCUACUCAAAAGCUUCUGAAAUUAUAUCGCUCAAUUUAUCCCGCAAUCUUUCUCUUGAUCUACCCAAAGAUUUCAUACAAUCAUGCCAAAAUUUACGGGAUAUUAAAUUCACGAAUAACGAAGCUUGGAAACUUCCUCUAAGUUUAAGUCAUGGAACUAGGCUUUCAAUACUUGAUGUAUCAAAUAAUAGACUGGAACAGCUUGAAAGGUCUGAACUUGACAGGUUGCAAAAUUUAGCUAGUUUAAAGCUAGCUAAUAAUCGACUUGGUAGCCUUCCAUCUUAUUUUGGUAACUUCAAGCUACUGCGAACUCUGAACGUAUCAUCAAAUUUUCUGGAAUCCUUUCCUACGUUUUUAUGUGAUCUAGAGAGCCUUGUUGAUAUUGACAUGAGCUUCAAUGGAAUUUCUAGCCUUCCUGAUGAGAUUGGUCAAUUAACAAACCUCGAAAGAUUUAUCAUUACUAACAAUCGUCUAAAUGGUUCACUUCCGCUUACUUUUGGCGAUCUAGUAAAUCUAAAAGAAGUUGAUAUCCGAUAUAACGCCCUCUCAAGCAUUGAUGUUAUCGCAAGACUCCCUAAAGUCGAGCAGAUAUCCGCAGAUCAUAAUUCUGUUUCAGUUUGUGAAUCUGAAUUCACAAAAAUCAGAAUACUUCGACUUAACUCGAAUCCUGUCACCAAGUUCGAAAUACUUAAUUCAGUCCCUACACUUAAGACACUCAAUUUAUCUAACGCAAAACUAGCACAUGUUCCUGAUGCUAUAUUUGACAGAAUGCCGAAUCUGGUUAAACUUAUUCUUGACAUAAAUCAUUUUGUGUCUCUUCCAAUGCAUAUCGGAAAAUUACGAAAAUUAGAGCAUUUUAGUAUUGCCAGAAAUGCAUUGAAUAGCUUACCUCAAGAGAUUGGCUGUAUGACAGAACUACGGUUCCUUGAUGUCCGGCAAAAUAAUCUAAAGAAACUUCCAAUAGAAUUAUGGUACGCAAGCAAACUGGAGACACUCAAUGUGUCAUCAAAUGUUCUUGAUAGUUUUCCGAUGCCUGCAUCUCGUCCUCCACAAAUUCCAGGUGAAAUAUUUCCAAUGGUUCCCCAAAAUACUUCAAACGGUAGUCUAGGCCCAAACUCAACUGCAUCCAGUUUUGAAGAAAUUGGUGCACUCGAGGCUUUCGGACAAAGAAGAUCUAGUCAAGCUUCUUAUUCGCUUCUUGGUGUCGGUGGAUCUCCAGGUUCCGGAGUUACUGAGAGAAAAACCUCGGUGGUCUCUUCCUACUCAAAAGGCGGCCGACAAACUUCCAUAGUAACAAGAAAUGGGUCAGAAAUGACGGCUGGAAGCAUAACUCCACUCCGGAAAGAUUCUGGAAUAUCAACACGCCUAAUCAGUACUUUUUCUAGAUCCUUAAAAAAUCUCUAUCUGGCUGACAACCAGCUUGAUGAUGACGUAUUCGAUAAGCUCAUACUUCUUGGAGAACUUCGCAUUUUAAACUUGUCAUACAAUGACCUUAACGAUAUACCACAUCGCUCAAUCAAAAGCUGGCCUCAGUUAUCUGAACUUUAUCUUUCUGGAAAUGAACUCACCUCACUCCCAUCUGAUGAUUUUGAAGAGUUUAGCCUGCUACAAGUUCUUCAUAUAAACGGUAACAAAUUUCAAACCCUUCCAGCCGAGUUAGGUAAAGCUCACCGACUAGCUGUUCUUGACUGCGGUAGUAACUCUCUAAAGUAUAACGUUUCUAACUGGCCUUAUGACUGGAAUUGGAAUUGGAAUACUAAUCUAAAAUACUUAAAUCUUUCAGGUAACAAACGAUUAGAGAUCAAACCUUCUGCUCCAGGGGGUGCAGGAAACCGAGAUGGUCGUGAUCUGACAAAUUUUAAUGCCUUACAGAAUCUACGAAUUCUCGGCUUAAUGGACGUAACACUGACCAUAUCUUCGAUCCCGGAUCAGACUGAAGAUCGGAGAGUCAGAACCUCAGGUUCCGUUGCUGGUCACCUAUCUUAUGGCAUGGCUGAUACUUUGGGUAAAAAUGAUCACUUAUCGAUUAUUGAUAUGGUUGUUCCUCGGUUCAAUUCUUCUGAAGCAGAAACUUUGAUGGGAAUGUUUGACGGUCAGGCCCUGUCAGGUAGUGGGUCUAAAAUUGCAAGGUAUCUUCACGAAAACUUUGGCCAUAUAUUUUCUGAAGAGCUUAAGAAAUUAAAUUCUGAGUUGGGAGAGACGCCGGCAGAUGCAUUACGCCGGGCGUUUUUGUCUCUAAAUAAGGAUUUGGCGAUUGCCGCUACUCAGUGUGCAGAAGAACGUCCAUUGUUGUCACAUCGUAGUACUACAGCUUCUACGGCUCUUAGUCAUACUGACCUUCAAUCUGGUGGUGUGGCUACAGUUGUAUUUUUGCAGAAUUCAGAACUCUACGUUGCAAACGUUGGCGACGCUCAGGCUAUGCUAAUCCACUCUGAAGGUGGUCAUCGCAUACUAACAAGGAAGCAUGAUCCUGCUGAGCCAAAUGAGCGCCAACGUAUUCGUGAUGCCGGGGGCUGGGUCUCUCGUCAGGGCAAGCUCAAUGAUAUACUUGAAGUUUCUCGAGCUUUUGGAUACGUUCAAAUCAUGCCUGCUGUUCAAGCUGCACCACAUAUCACACAAGUUACCGUGAAGGAGCAAGAUGAAAUGAUUCUAAUAGCCUCUAGGGAGCUUUGGGAAUAUUUAUCACCCGAACUUGUUGUUGAUGUUGCAAGGUAUGAGCGCGGUGACUUGAUGCGUGCAUCACAGAGGCUACGCGAUCUUGCUAUCGCAUUUGGGGCCACUAACAAAUUAAUGGUAAUGAUGAUUGGUGUUAGUGACCUCAAAAAACGAGCACAAAUUCGCCCUCACCGAGUACAAAGCUUACUUUUUAAUCCUGGAACGAUUAUAGACGAAACCUACGCACCGACUAGACGACCCAGGAAAAAAGGAGAAACUGUUGAAGAUUCCGGACUUCGUCGCUUGCAGGCCGAGGUUGAUGCUCCGGUUGGAGAUGUUAGUAUUGCAUUUACAGAUAUUAAAAGUUCGACAUUACUUUGGGAGACAUAUCCAAGUGCAAUGCGUUCUGCUAUUAAACUGCAUAACGAAGUAAUGCGUCGUCAAUUACGCAUAAUCGGAGGAUAUGAAGUAAAAACAGAAGGGGACGCAUUCAUGGUUUCUUUCCCUACAGCGACCUCGGCACUUUUAUGGUGCUUCGCCGUUCAACAAGCCCUACUAGAAGUACAAUGGCCUUCUGAAGUUCUUUCUAGCGUCCUUGGUCAAGAAGUUUAUGAUAACGAUCAAACCUUAAUUUUUAAAGGUCUCAGUGUCAGAAUGGGAGUGCAUUGGGGUCAUCCUGUUUGUGAAACUGAUCCUGUUACUCGUCGUAUGGAUUACUUUGGGCCUAUGGUAAACCGAGCAGCUCGAAUAUCUGCUGUCGCAGAUGGUGGGCAGAUAACUGUAUCCGCAGAUUUUAUCUCCGAAAUUCAACGCUGUCUCGAAACUUACAGCGAAAGCGCUCGUUCUGACUCUAUUGGCUCUGAGGAAGCAUUUGAAAGUGAUAUUUAUCGUCAGGCUAUUCGCCGUGAGCUCCGGUCCUUAAGUAGCCAAGGAUUUGAAGUCAAAGAUAUGGGCGAACGAAAGCUAAAAGGUCUCGAAAAUCCAGAAUAUAUCUAUUUAAUGUAUCCUCAUGCUCUUUCUGGUCGGAUUCAUUACCAGCAGAGGUUGGCAGAAGGUGACAAACUCGUUGCGGUAGAGGGACCAGCAAGAUUUUCAGACACAACGCAAUUAAAUAUCGACAUCGACUCUUUAUGGGGAUUAUGGCACGUGAGCCUGAGACUUGAAAUGUUAUGUUCAAGCUUAGAAGUAGACAAUGGCAUCGGUAUGCCACUUCAGGCACCUGAGACGACUAUUCUAGAAAAGAUUAGGAGUCGGGGUGGAGAGAUUACUGAUCGGGUCUUGAUUAAUUCCUUGGCUCAUCAAGUGACAAGAAUUGAAUCAUGCAUAUCUUCGCUGGUAACACGACACAUAGCAGUCGGUCAAUGCCCACUCUACAAUUUUGACCAGCUCCGAGCUCCAAUGACUGAAGUUCUUGGGUCGAUAGCAGUUCAGCUAAGGGAGCUUCGAAUUCUGAAGGCAGAGUAUAUUGAUCAAGACUUUUCAAACUUGUCAAAACGACGCACAUAA